GCGCAUGCGCAACAAGCAAAAGGCUCAGUGAGACUGGAGCAGGCUCUUAGUGACGUCAUCCAGGAAACGCCAGCUGCGCCCUUCUCAAGAUGGCGUUACACGCAAUGCGGAAAGCGCGUGGAUGCAGGAGUGUCAUCCGGGCACUUCACAAAGGACCCGAAGUUGCUCCCACUUCUCAGAAAGACAGCAUGGAGCGAGUGUUUUCCGGUAUUCAACCUACAGGAAUCCUCCACCUGGGAAAUUACCUGGGAGCCAUUGAGAGCUGGGUGAAGUUACAGGAUGAGUAUGACACAGUGCUUUACAGUAUUGUUGACCUCCACUCCCUCACUGUCCCUCAAGAUCCGACCGUCCUUCAGCAGAGCAUCCUAGACAUGACUGCUGCUCUCCUUGCCUGUGGCAUAAACCCAGAGAAAAGCAUCCUCUUUCAGCAAUCUCAGGUUUCUGAACACACACAAUUAAGUUGGAUCCUUACCUGCAUGGUCAGACUGCCUCGAUUACAACAUUUACACCAGUGGAAGGUGAAGACUGCCCAACAGAAACAUCAUGGAAUGAUGGGUCUGCUCACAUACCCAGUACUCCAGGCUGCUGACAUUCUAUCCUACAAGUCCACACACGUUCCUGUUGGAGAAGAUCAAGUCCAACACAUGGAGUUAGUUCAGGAUCUAGCACAAAGUUUCAACAAGAAAUACGGUCAGUUCUUUCCAGUACCCCAGUCCAUUCUAACAUCUAUGAAGAAAGUGAAAUCCCUCCGUGACCCUUCUGCCAAAAUGUCAAAAUCAGACCCUGACAGAUUGGCCACUGUCCGGAUAACAGACAGCCCAGAGGAGAUAGUGACUAAAUUCCGUAAGGCUGUGACAGACUUCACUUCUGAGGUCACCUAUGACCCUGCUAGACGAGAGGGCGUCUCCAACCUGGUGGCAAUCCACGCUGCAGUAACAGGACUCUCCGUGGAGGAAGUGGUCCACCGUAGCAUAGGCAUUGAUACUGCCCACUACAAGCGGGUGGUAGCGGAGGCUGUGAUUGAGAAAUUUGCUCCAAUUAAGAAUGAAAUCGAAAAACUGAAGAUGGACAAGCAAUAUUUAGAGAAGGUUUUACACACUGGAUCAGCAAAGGCCAAAGAAUUAGCAUAUCCUGUGAUCCAAGAAGUGAAGAAAUUGGUGGGUAUUCUAUAGGAAGCUUGAAAGUAACCACAAAAGGAUCUGUAUUUUGCAGUCUGGACACUGUAUUAAAGUUAGCUUUCUCCAGUUUCUGCACACACAAAUACACACGGAGCUUGGGGCUAUUUAAAUCAUUUAAUUUUGUAUAGCUUAUUAUUGGUUUCCUUUAAUGAAUAAGGUUUUAUAGUGUUCAAAUAAUGUUCCAAAUCUCAUCAAUGAAAUAUGAUCAGAAAAUAAAAAAUACUAAAGAAGGCA